UAUUAUAAUAACCAUAUAAUAUUUUUAUGACAGUUUUUGGACAUGGACAUUUUUGUCCUUUAUGGACCUAUGUGUAACUUUUUUUAAGUGACACACAAGGGUUAACAUCAAGAGUAUUGGAUUUAGGCCUACACUCUACAGUGUUUAUAUGGAGAUAAAUAAACACUCUGGGUGUUAAUUCAACACUAGGGAUUUUACUGUUUAUUAAUUAAAUAAAAGCAGCAAAGGCUUUUGAAACUUAACACGUUCAAUCGUAUAAAUAUAUAUCAUAUAGUUUAUUUUACAGUACAACACAGACUAGUGUUCAUUCUGUAAAUAAACUCCUUGUAUGGAGAUUAGAAUAUUGCCACAAAGCGGAUUUCAUAAUAUAGUGUUCUUCCUAAUUUUCAACAGUAGGUGGGAUUAACAGGAAAUGACACUCAGUCAGUUCGAAGCAGUGAAGUCUGAAUUUGUACAAGAGAUUAGUUAUCCUACUGCUGAACUGCUUGUUGGUGAGGAACCAGGCCCAGAGCUUCGUAGGUGGUGUUGAGUCAGAAUGCUGUACAACAUGACCAACAACAGCACUUGCGUGGAAGCUCAGAGCCUUGUUGCUUCUGCAUUAACUCCCAUGUUGAUCUUGGACUUAAUUUUGGGCGUGCCAGGAAACAUCCUAGCAUUAUGGCUCCUUGGCUUUAAAGCUCCCUGGAAUUCGUCCAAUAUUUGCCUCCUCAACUUGGCGUUUGCUGAUGUCCUGCUGCUUGUUGCCCUUCCCUUUCGCAUUGACAGUGUGCUCCGUGGGGGCUGGAUUUUUGGGGAUCCCUUUUGCCGCAUCAACUUCUUCAUGCUGUCAGUCAACCAGUCAGCAAGCAUUGCUUUCAUGACUGUUUUAGUAGUGGAUCGCUUCUACAAGAUAGUUCACCCGCACCAUCCUGUCUGCCACAUGAAAAUUCAGAGUACAGUAAUGGUGGCCUGUGGAAUCUGGGUAAUUGUGGUGACUCUUCGCCUUCCUCUGCUCUUGACCCGACUACUGAGAUCAUCUGGAAACUCAUCUAUGUUACUUUGCCAAAAUAUUGACAUAUGGACAGACACUGGAGCAGGCAUGAGGGUUCAUAAUUCACUUCAUAUGAUUGAGUUUGCUAUAGCUUUCCUGUUAGUGGCCAUUUCUUCUGUGCGCAUCUGUUACCACAUACAUGGUAACAAGAGGCUCAGAGAGCAUCGAAGAGUGAAAAGGACCAUUUACGUACUUUUGACUGUUGUGAUCAUGUUCAGCUUUUGCUUCCUACCCAAUUACAUCACAGGCUUUGUGGCUUUCUUCCUCACAGAUGUCUCGUCUUGCUCCUCAUACAUAGUUGUGAGUCAGGUGUUUAGUGUUUCUUUGUGCCUUGUGUUUUCAAACAGUGCCCUGGACCCGAUUCUGUACACUUUAUCAAACGCAUUCUACCGAGACAUUCUAAAAGGAGCAUCUAACUCCACAGGGCUCACCAAGCAUCGACUAAGUGUUAAGGAAACCAGAACUCCUCGACGAUUUUGAGAAAAACACCGUUACCAAGGAACAUUCCUACCCACAGAACUUCAUAUCACUUUAUCACCAGGACAGUCUCUUUAAGCCCAUUUUGCACUGAAACCAAGGUGACACAUGCAGCAAGCUGCAGACACUCUGAAACGUUUUCCAAUUUUCACUGGGCUUGACUGACCUAAGUCAUGCUUUUCCACUCUAUAAGAAUAUAGUUUGUUAGCCCAAUAAGGUAGCGCUUUUACAAAGUUAUGACCAUAACAUACAGCCAAGGCCGCUGUAAUAGAGCUACAUGUUGUUAUAAAAUCUAUGUUCUGAGCUAGACUACAAAAUACAGCUUGAAAGCUGUAUUUGUAAAAGGGUACUACAUAUAGAUAAUUAGUGAUAAUUAAAAUCAUUGUUCUAGCAUAGCAUUUGUUAUCUUUUGAAGAGAGAGACAGCACUACCUUGGGCAUUGUACACUGCUUGGAUUUAACACUCCCCUGCACACCAGAGGAAGGAUAAGCGGUAUAGAAAAUGGAUGGAUGGAUGGAUGCACACCAGGUUUAAUCAGAUUUUACCUUUAACCUUUUUGCCACUGAGCUUUUAGUGCAACCAUUGAGAUACACCUUUUAUUUCACGUCAUAUUUCAGGGCAAGAAGUGAUUCCCUUUGCAUGUUGGUUAAAUUACAACUGGUGCCACCAAUGCAAAAAAAAGUGCAGUUACCACAUGUGGUAUAACAUAGAGUUGUGUGAAAAAAUAAGUAAACCCCAUGGAAAUUGUUGGCUUUUUUUUUUAAUUAUAUUUGGACAAGAAAAUGUAACUUUUAUGGCAUUUGAUAGAGUGUAUUAACUUUAUUAAUAGGCACUGUUUCAAAGAGGAUCAAAUUUUUCCUUGUCCAAAUAUGUAAAAAUAAAUAAAUUUCCAUGUGGUGUACUUAUUUUUUCACAUGAUUGUAUAUUUCACUGUCUAAUUUACUGUGGUUUUAUUUGUAUUCUUUAUUUAUCUAUGUUGCUAUUAUUUAGUAAAGAUGUCAUAAGAUGCUCACCUGAAAUUAUUCAUGUGUAAAUAUCUAUUUUUGUAGAUUUUUUGUGUUUUGAAUAUAAGCUGAAUAUGUUUUGUGUGAACACAACUCUUUCUACUGUAAUACUAUAAUUUCCCUCAGGAUCGAUAGUUUCUGUGUAUAUACUUAUAGACUAAAUGUUAAGGAUUUACAUUCUCAUAUUUCUAUUGCAUCCAAGCUUAAACAAAAUAAAUCGACUUUAUGCUUUCAGUUUGUCAGUGUAAAAUAUUUAUACAACCAGUUAUGAUACCUAAAAGACAGUGU